UUUUCACGUGUCCACAUUUUCCAUAUGAGAAAAAAUACAACAAAUAACCUGGGUUAAUUAUGAAAUUACACCAGUCUAAAAUUAUCUCUUAUGUUUUGAUAAUAUCAUUUAUGAACAACGGAAAAAUAAAUGAGUCACAUAAGUCACAAAAAUCUAGUUAUAUAGAUCUAAGAAUAAACAUUUCUUGUAAACAUCUAAAUAAAGGAUUUUUAAUUUUGAAGAUACGAAAGAACUAUUGGACUUGUUCCUACCUUUUUAACCAGUAUGCUCUACAUGUCCAAUUUCCAGUACAGGGACCAGAUUGACAUGUUGCAAUUUUGUGGCAAUGCUAUUAAGAAAAACUUGUGCAAUAAACAUCUUAAGUAAAUUUGUUCGAAACAAAUCAAUAGCAUUAGUUGGAAUGUCAGACAUGGAGGGAGUUUUUGUGCGAUGUGUUCCAGAAGAGGAACGAAUGCAGAUCACUGUAAAUUAUAAGCAUGAAGGGGGACCCUGUAAAACUGUCAACCUGGAAAGAAUCCAAGUUGAAGAGGUGGGUAAAACAAUAGAAAGACUAAAGGCAAGCAUGUUAAAAAAAAUGUCAAAGAAGAAAAAAAGGAAGAAACAAGAGACAACAGAUUCUAUGGAAGAACCUGACUUAAAAAUAUGGCUUACUGUGAAAGAAAAACUAAUUGAAAAUGAGGCUACACCUAUAAACCAGACUUUUGUGGAAGGAGCAGUGCUACACAUUGAAGAUCAAUUGUUACCAGUAGAAAUUAAUGUACCUGUUAUCACUGCUCUUGUCUUACCAACAAACAUUAUGGUUGGAUUUCCAAUUUAUCCUAAAAUACACGCUGAAUUCUGUGACUUACUAAAAUCAAGUUUUAUUUGGUAUCGGUAUAAAUCUAUGGAAGAUGAAUCACAAAAGAAAAAAAAGACUAAAGAAGUUUGGGAUAAAGUUUCUGAGGGAUUUUCUUAUACACCUACGGUUUCUGAUUUAGGAAAUAAAUUAAAAUUGACUUGCAUGCCAAAACUUGGGCACCGCUCUGGAGAAGAGUUUAAUAGUUUGUCUAAGUGUGAUGUGGAGGCUGGGCCAGGUGUCUGUCCGUUUGAAAACAGACAUUUGUACACACAGAAUACACUGGAGGAUGAUGGAAUAAGAGUAGUUAGUUAUAAUAUACUAGCUGAUAUUUAUGCCGACUCAGACUUCAGUAGAAAUGAAUUGUUUCCGUACUGUCCUCCUUAUGCAUUGGCAAUAGAUUAUAGAAAACAGCUGUUUAUAAAAGAAAUCACAGGAUACAACAGUGAUUUGAUUUGUCUACAAGAAGUUGACAGGAAAGUGUUUAUCAAUGAUCUCUUACCAGCUUUUGAGUCUCUGGGAUAUAGUGGAGUGCUCCAAGAGAAAGGAGGUACAACACCAGAAGGAGAAGCUACAUUCUACAGAAAUACUAAGUUUAGACAAGUAGAAGACUGUAGCAUAGAAAUCAGGAAAGCUGUUAAUGAGGAUGAUAAACAAAGUGAUAUAAAAAACAUUGUUUCUACAAAUGAAACAUUAAAACAAGAAAUGGAUACAAGAGGAAGCGUUGUCCAAGUACUAGUUUUAGAAUCUGUGAUAAACCCAGGAUGUAGAUUAUGUGUAGCCAAUACACAUCUGUACUUCCACCCUAAGGCAUGUUGUAUCAGAUCAUUGCAGACUGUGGCAAUCAUCAGACAUUUACAAGAUGUAGUACAGAAACAGAAGGCAGAGGGAUUUAAAGUAUCAUCUGUUUUCUGUGGAGAUUUCAACUGUACUCCUAAAGGUGGAGCUUAUGAGUUCAUUACAAAGAAACAUUUAGGACCAGAUAACUACAGCUGGAGUACCAAUCCAAACUUUGCCCUUAAAGGAGCCUCAUUUUCUCACGAAUUGGACCUUACAAAUAGUUGUGGAAUUUUGGAUUAUACAAACUAUGCUAGAAGUUUCCAUGAACAGUUGGACUAUAUAUUUAUAGAUUCCACGAUGGACGUGAUACGUGUUAUACCGAUGCCUGAACAUAGCGAGGUAGAACAACAUAUAGCACUUCCAAGUGUAGUUUUUCCAUCAGACCAUAUAGCACAAAUCUGUGAUCUUAAAUGGAAAAGUUUAUAUGAUUAAUAUAUGUAUGCUUUUAUUUAAAAUAUCAAUUUUAUGAUAGACUUUGGUG